AGUGACAGUGACAGAUCUAAAGUGUUUGUGGAAGAAAUUUUUUGGAGAUUUUUUUUUAAGUAUCUAUAUAGAGUAAUUCUAUACUUUUCUUAAAUAAUUUUAGUUACAAAAUUGUUCUCAGUUCUUUUGAAGAAUUAAUAAUCGAAUUGAAUAUGAUUUAAAAUAAGAUUUUAAGCAUUAUUAGUGGUGUAUAGGUUAUGUUUUUCUCUAGCGUAAAUAGAAAUAAAUAAUAAGAAAAAAGAUUUAUUAAUAUGAUAAGGAGAGGUGGUAUUAAUUUAAAUACAAUUAUAGUUAAUCAUGUUGCCAGGAAAAGGUACAGCCAAUUAGGAGUACGUUUUCGUCAUUUAUCUACCUUCGAUUCUACAAAAUAUGAAAAAUUAAUUUCCAAAAUACAGCAUACUUUACGGAAAUCAUUUCACAAAAGCUAUUUAAACUUGAAGGAUGAUAAAUUACCACCUCCUGUUAUACCAAAAACAACAGUUGAUAAAAAGGAAGAAGGAAAAACUAUUAAGGAACAGCCAAUUCUUCAAGUUAUCGCCCCGAAUUUAAAACUAGAAGAUGAAAGGGAAAUUCCUGAGAAAACAAUCAAAGAGAAGAGCUUGAACGAUAUAAAACCUGAAAAACAAAGAAUUACUACCAAAAUAAAGGAAAAACUUAUCGGAACAGUUACAGAAAGGAAAGAAGAGGCUAAAGAUCAAUCAUCUAAACCUCAGCAGAAGAAACGAAUGAGAUUGGAUCUUUCAGCACAGUCGUUAGAACGAAACUUUAUUACACCUGUAAAAGCAAUGUCGGACUUUUUGCUGAAACCUUCAGAUUUAGAGUCUUUACCAAAGACCAAACGAAGAUCGCCCUAUGAGUCAGAACCUCCAAUUACAGUCUAUUGGAGAAAAGAUGUUGAAGCAAAAGCUUUGGAAGUAUGGGGUUCCAAAGAAAAACUACAGAAGGAAUUGAUUAAGAGGGAUAUUGAAAAGAAAAAAUAUCAGCAAAAUAUUUUUACUGUCAAAAGAAGGCUUCGAGACUUUAGGAGGGAACUGGGAAAAUCAGCAAAUGUCAUAGAAACUGAAUCCGGUUUGAUGGGUAGGUCUGGUAGAGUAGUACUUACGGCAGUAGCUAUCAAUGGCACUAACUGCCUGUUUAAAUUUUUUGCCUGGCUUUAUACAGGAUCUCAUAGUAUGUUCUCAGAAUGCAUACAUUCCUUGGCCGACACAAUAAAUCAGUUGAUUUUGGCUUAUGGUAUUCACAAGUCCGUUCAGAUUGCAGAUUCCUAUCAUCCAUAUGGCUACAGUAACAUGAAGUAUGUAGCAUCUCUUAUAUCUGGCGUGGGGAUCUUCUGUGUAGGCACAGGUUUAUCUGUAUAUCAUGGAAUAUCUGGAUUGUUACAUCCAGCACCAAUAGAAGAUUUUUUCUGGGCUUAUUGUAUAUUAGGUGGCUCCCUCGUGUCAGAAGGCGCUACAUGGCUGGUUGCUUUCAAUUCCAUACGGAAGGGCGCAAGGGAUAUAAAUAUGUCUGUUAAAGAUUAUAUUUUUAGAGGCCAAGAUCCAAGUGUGAAUGUAGUACUUUUAGAAGAUUUUGCAGCUGUUGUCGGUGUGCUAGUGGCUGGGGGAUGCAUGGGUAUCUCAUCCAUGACCAACAAUCCCGUGCCUGAUGCUUUAGGUUCAUUGCUAGUUGGCUGCAUCUUGGGUUCAGUGGCAUCCUUUAUCAUUUACACUAAUGUAGCCGCACUUGUGGGCAGAUCCAUUCCUGAAGAAAACUUGGAAAAAAUUAAUUGCGAAUUAGAGAGAGAUGUAAUGAUCAGGGCAAUUCACGACGUGAAGGGAAUCGAUAUGGGAAAUUAUUUGGUCAGAUACAAAGCGGAGCUUGAUUUUGAUGGCAGAGAAUUGACCAGAUCAUACUUAGACAAGCAGGAUUUAAACGAAUUACUUGAGGAGAUUAAAAAGCUAGAAAAUAUCGAUCAGUUGGAGGAGUUCAUGUUGAAACAUGGUGAAAAUAUUGUUGAUUUAAUGGGGGGUGAAAUAGAUAGAAUUGAAAUGAAAUUAAGGAAAAAACAUCCAGAGAUACGACACUGUGAUUUAGAGAUUUUAUAAUUAUUUAUUUAAGUUGCUAAAGUAAAAUGUUUAAGUGUUUUAUAUAGUAGUUAUUUUUUUCUGGUAUAAAACAGUAUUUGCUCUAACGUAUUUAUUGUUAAAUUACUUUACACGAGGAGGUUUAUUUUAUAGCUUAUUAUUUUUAAUAAAAUAUUUUUUUUAAUUGUUAUUAAUACACUUACAGAAAAAAAAUGUUUCCUACAUUUAAAAUACACAUAUUUCAAAAUGUA